AUGUUGAUUCCUUAUAAUCUUCCACCAUGGUUAUGUAUGAAACCGUCUUCUUUCAUUCUGUCCACGCUUAUUCCUAGAAAAUCAGGUCCCGGAAAUGAUAUUGACGUGUAUCUGCAGCCAUUAGUGCAAGAAUUGAAAUUGCUGUGGACAGGGGUUGAAGCUUUUGAUGCUUUUUCCGGAGAGAAAUUUAAUUUGCGUGCGCCUUUGCUUUGGACUAUUAAUGACUUUCCCGGCUAUGCAAUGCUCUCUGGUUUGAGCACAAAAGGUUACAAUGCAUGUCCUAUAUGCUUAGAUUCCACGCCUUCUGAUAGAUUUGGGAGCAAGAUUUGGUAUUGUAGCUAUAGAAAAUGGUUACCUGCAGAUCACCCAUAUCGAUGUCAAGGUGACAAGUUUUGUGAGAAGUUUGGAACUAAUGAGUGGGGUAAAGCCCCAUCUCGUCCUAGCGGCACUGAUAUAUUGAGGCAGCAAGAAAAGGUGAAGCAUGUUUACGGAAAGUCGAAGGCACCACCGAAAAAGAGGCAAAGAGGACACGAUGAUGACGAUGAUGUCCAAGAUGAAAGUGACUUUGGUACCAAGAGAAGCAUAUUCUUUGAUUUGGUGUAUUGGGAGCAUAAUCUUCUAAGGCAUAAUUUAGAUGUGAUGCACAUUGAGAAAAACGUGUCUGAGAAUAUUUUGGGAACUCUUCUUAGCAUGGAUAAGAGUAGAGAUAGUAGGAAUGAUCGAGAAGCCCUUGAAGCAUGGAGAAUAAAGUCUCACCUUUGGCUGAGUACUAAUCCUAACGGAGGUGAAUGCAUGCCUCCGGCUUCCUAUUCUAUGUCUACGGAGGAGAAGGAGAGGUUCCUAAAUGUUUUGCAGAAAAUUAAAGUUCCUGAUGGAUAUGGAUCCAACCUUUCUAGUUGUGUGAAUAUGAAGCAAAGGAAGUUGAUUAACCUCAAAAGUCAUGACAACCAUGUUCUAAUGCAGGAUAUCCUUCCCGUUGCCUUAAGGGCCUCUAAAGCUACAAAAGUAAUUGACUUGUUGGCUAGAUUGUCUUCCUUUUUCAAGAAGUUGUGCUCUACAACUAUUGAUCCAGAUGAUUUAGAUGGUCUUCAAAAUGAAAUUAUUUUAACUCUUUGUGAGUUGGAAAAGGAGUUUCUGCCUUCAUUUUUCACAAUCAUGGUCCAUUUGUUGAUUCACUUAGUGGAGGAGGUUAAACUUGGUGGACCAGUGCAAUACAGAUGGAUGUAUCCCAUUGAAAGGUACUUGUCCCAUUUGAAAUCACAUGUAACCAAUAAAGCCCAACCUGAAGGAUCUAUUGCAGAAGGCUUCCUUUUAGAGGAGACAAUUAGGUUUUGUUCGAGAUAUCUUCAAGGUGUUAAGACCAUUUUCAACAUACCUAAAAGGAUGGAUGAUGACAUUCCAAAUCCCAAUGAUUACUUGUUUAAUUCUGGUGGUCGAGUUAUUGGGAAGGAGGUCAGCAUUCGCCUUGAUGACAAAAGCUUAAAACAAGCUCAUCGCUACAUUUUGCUUCACUCUGAUGAGAUAAAAGGGGAUAUGGAUGAAUUUUUAACCGAGAAACGUCAAAUGAACUUACAAAAUCCUGUCACGGAGAGUGAUGAAAGUAACUGGAUCAUCAAUGAGUUUGGAGGGUGGCUGCAAAAUAAGGUACAUUACAUAGAUGCAACCACCGAAGAUGGGAAACUAAGAAAAGCUUUGGCUGGUGGUUUGCAUUCUUAUGGUAGAAAAUUAAAAGGAUACAUAAUCAAUGGAUACAAAUUCCUUUCCACGGAUCGCGAUUCUCAUCUUUUGACACAAAAUUCUGGAAUUAUGGUCGAAGCGGAUGGAGAUGCCUACUAUGGAAAAGUGAAAGAUAUCUAUGAAUUAGAUUAUUACGGAGAUUACAAAGUUGUAUUGUUUCGUUGUGAUUGGGUAGACAUUCAUAGGGGUGUAAAAGCAUAUCCAAAUGGCGGAGUAUGUGUCAAUUUCUCUAAAUUGAUGCAUUCUGGACGAUUGUUGCAAGAUGAUCCAUUUGUAUUCUCAUCUCAAGCAAAAAAAGUUUUUUACAUAGAAGAUGAGAUACAAAAGGGAUGGUUGCAUGUUGUUAAGAACAAGCCUAGAGAUGUGUUUGAUUUAGGGGAUUCUUUACCAGUAGAGGAAGAGGGUGGGACCAAUUGA